AUGAAGAUUGUUUGUUCUACCGAGCGGAUGUUUCGGGCAGCACCACUGUUUACAAAUGGGCGGAAAGCACUCAACGAGAAGGGAUAUCGUAAUCGGAUGAGGGUGAUGUCCCACAGGUCACAAAAUAGGGUGACAACAAAAGCAGCAACACCAAGAUGGACUGCUGGUUCUUGUCCAACAGAGGCAGCGGAAUCCAACGACAAACAGACGAAUACUGAGCAGAUAUGGUGCGCAACAGGACUUCAUCGAGCAGAAGCACGUGUCACAACCAGACGUGUCUCAACAUUUCGUUUUCAUUGGGAACAUUGUCAGGUCCAGCCGGACGAGCCCUAUUUGCUAAUUGAAAAUCCAGUAAGCCCCCGGAUGCCAAUCCUCAGUAUUUUACAUGUGGAUUAG